GCCUGGACUAGAGGAUCUUCCUCCUGUCAUGACGUGACAGCGCUGUACAGUGACUAAAAACAGUGCAAUUUAUAUUAUCAAGUUAAUGUACAGUAGCUUAACGUGGAAGUACAUGUAAUUGAAGGCGACAGCUAACUCCUCCCGGUGCUAACCUCAACGUUGGCUGUUCUGUGAGACUUGACGACGGAGGAAACAACGAAGUGUUCUUUUAUGUCACACGGAUGAAAUGAAUGCUCACUGGGGAAACAUCAGUGUUUUUCAAGAGGACAUAAUUGUGUCUUGUGGACUUUGACGUCUCGUCGGAGAAGAAGGAUCAUAAGGAUAAACAGAUAAACAGAUAAACAACAGUUCUGUGUUGACACUAGUGUUGCAUCCUUCAGAUUUGUUAUGCUCUAUUGACUGUGGACUACUUCAUGGAUGUUGGCUAGCUUUAUAGGUUGCUACAACUUGUAUAAUUUAGAUAGGAGCAGAUUUAAUUAUUCAGUAUCACCAGACAAGGUAACGUUAUUCACGUAUUAUUGUUAGCAUGUUUGCAGCGACCUACUAUGGGCAGCGGCUAUGACGCUCGGUGUAGCCACAGGGUUAUGUCACUGUCAGGCUAACAGAUAGCUCGGUGUCUGCAGCUGCUUUCAAUCUCUGCAUGGUCAUGUCCAGCAGGGUUGGCAUCAUGUAGACUGUCCCCCUGAACAGGCUAGGUGACUGGGGACACACAGUGUGUUCGUGAGCCUCCUUGGAGAGUAACGUAAAGCUGGAUUGCAGCUAUCCAACUGGGUCAAAGACUGACAGCUGGCACUGGCACAGUUUAGCUCAGGAUUGUUGUUUGCCAUGCUUAAAUCCGUCUGUUCUGUGUGAUAUUACAAACAUCCCAACCUAUUUAGAGGGCGUGUGAAUGCAUCAUGUCCUGACUGCAUCUCUUAUUUAUGCAAUAAGGCACAUCAGAGCAGCCUGUCAUGAAGUAAAUCUGCAGUGCAAGAAGCAGUAUCACUAGGACUGAGAGCAUCAUUUGCUCCAGGAUUAUUUUCGGAAGAGGAGAGCAACAUUUACAGCUACCCACCAGUUCUCAGCAUCCGCUGGACCACCAACCCAUCGCAAUGGAGACUGUGGGAGAUUUUGAGUACAGCAGAAAAGACCUGGUUGGACAUGGAGCCUUUGCUGUGGUGUUCAAAGGAAGACACAGGAAGAAGACAGAUUGGGAGGUGGCCAUCAAGAGCAUUAAUAAGAAGAACCUGUCCAAGUCCCAGAUUCUUCUUGGCAAGGAAAUCAAAAUAUUGAAGGAGCUGCAGCAUGAAAACAUUGUGGCGCUUUACGAUGUCCAGGAAACACCCAACUCUGUUUUCCUGGUCAUGGAGUACUGUAAUGGAGGUGAUCUCGCCGACUAUCUGCAAGCAAAGGGGACACUGAGAGAAGAGACUUUGAGGGUUUUCCUCCAGCAGAUUGCUGCUGCCAUGCGCAUCCUCAACAGCAAAGGAAUCAUCCACCGUGACCUGAAGCCACAGAACAUCCUGCUGUCGUAUGUGGGUCGCAAGAGGUCCAACAUCAGUGGCAUCCGUAUCAAAAUAGCUGACUUUGGCUUUGCACGGUACCUCCAGAGCAACAUGAUGGCAGCCACACUAUGUGGGUCACCCAUGUACAUGGCCCCAGAGGUCAUCAUGUCCCAGAACUAUGAUGCAAAGGCCGACCUGUGGAGCAUAGGGACAGUGAUUUACCAGUGUCUGGUCGGCAAGCCACCGUUCCAGGCCAAUAGUCCCCAAGACCUGAGGAUGUUUUAUGAGAAGAACAAGACUCUACAGCCAAUCAUCCCAAGGGAGACCUCCCAACAACUUGGUCACCUUCUGCUUGGGCUGCUGCAGAGGAACCAGAAAGACAGGAUGGACUUUGACGCGUUUUUCAGCCAUCCUUUCCUGGAGCCAUCAGCCACCAUUAAAAAAUCAUGUCCGGUGCCGGUGCCCAGCGCCUCCAACGCAGUGACGGACAGUUCCUGUGGCAGCUCCCCAUGCAUCCGCUACAACUCCCCUCCUUCUCUCCCGGACAUGCAGACACUAGCAGAAGACGGUCUGUCGUCCCCGCCGCUCGGUCCGCCAAACUUCCUACAGCUGUCCAAAGAGUCUGCAGGAAGCACCAGCAGUAAGAACUCGUCAUGUGACACUGACGACUUUGUGCUGGUGCCGAACAUCUCUACUGACAGCUAUGACCAGCCAAUGGGAGUGGGUCGUCGGCUGUCCAAUGAGUGGGGAAUUUCUGCGUUGGCCCCAGAGGUCAUCAUGUCCCAGAACUAUGAUGCAAAGGCCGACCUGUGGAGCAUAGGGACAGUGAUUUACCAGUGUCUGGUCGGCAAGCCACCGUUCCGGUGA